AUGAGCGCAAUCGACCCGGCCGAUCGGCCACCCAUGAAUCAGGAAGAAUACGAUGCAGAAUAUGGAGGCAAACAGAGGAACGAGGUCCCGAUUUUGCGUCAGUUAGGGAGGUCACUGCAUAGCUCGUACUGCUAUCCUUUCACAGGGGUGCGACCUUUUGUGAACACCAUAUUUGGUUUCAUGCCAAUCCUCGAAUGGCUUCCUAAAUAUUCCAUCAAGGAGAAUCUGAUGAAUGAUAUCAUUGGAGGAUUCACCACUGGUAUCAUGCAUGUACCUCAAGGUAUCGCCUAUUCUGCUCUGGCUGGAGUCGAUCCUGUCUACGGUCUUUACGCGUCAUGUUUUCCUGCAUUUUUCUACAUGUUCUUCGGCACUUCACGGCAUGUGUCUAUUGGUAUCGCCUAUUCUGCUCUGGCUGGAGUCGAUCCUGUCUACGGUCUUUACGCGUCAUGUUUUCCUGCAUUUUUCUACAUGUUCUUCGGCACUUCACGGCAUGUGUCUAUUGGGUCAUUUGCCGUCGUAGCACUAAUGGCUGGUGUCGCCAACGACAAAAUUUUGGUGUCACAUGGAGGUGGAAUAGGUGGAUUUGAUGCAAAAUUCUUCGCAUUUUGA